AAAGUGUCAAAGAACAAGAGUUAGCUGAUUGACGUGUCACUUGCGAAAUUUUAUAAUUGCACUAAAGCAAGUUGCGCUGACUAUACACAUCAUACGCAUCAAAGAAACGCCGAAAAAAAUUGAGUAUACGCCACGGCAGCAGCAAGUAAGGAAACUGCCAACAUGUUGACCAAUUUCGAGUCAAAGUCGGCACGCGUCAAGGGCCUUUCAUUCCAUCCGAAGCGCCCAUGGAUAUUGACAAGUUUGCACAGUGGUGUCAUUCAGCUGUGGGACUACCGCAUGCACACACUGUUAGAGAAGUUCGAUGAACAUGAUGGACCUGUGCGUAGUGUGGCUUUUCAUCAACAAAUGCCGCUGUUUGUAUCCGGCGGUGACGACUACAAGAUAAAGGUGUGGAACUAUAAACAGCGUCGCUGCAUUUUCACACUUCUGGCGCAUUUGGAUUACGUGCGCACAGUGGCUUUUCAUCAUGAGUAUCCCUGGAUUUUGAGCGCAUCGGACGAUCAGACCAUACGCAUUUGGAACUGGCAGUCGCGCAACUGUAUCUGUGUGCUAACUGGACAUAAUCACUAUGUAAUGUGCGCACAGUUCCAUCCCACAGAGGAUCAAAUUGUGUCAGCCUCGUUGGAUCAGACAGUGCGUGUCUGGGAUAUAUCAGGGCUCCGCAAAAAGAACGUCGCACCUGGUCCAGGCGGUCUUGAUGAGCACCUUAAGGGCCAACCAGGCGCUACAGAUUUGUUUGGUCAGGCUGAUGCGGUGGUUAAACAUGUGCUAGAAGGUCACGAUCGUGGCGUUAACUGGGCCAGCUUCCAUCCAACGCUGCCUUUGAUUGUUUCCGGCGCUGAUGAUCGUCUGGUCAAGCUGUGGCGCAUGAACGAGUAUAAGGCCUGGGAAGUGGAUGCUUGCCGUGGCCAUUACAACAAUGUGUCCUGCGUGCUGUUCCAUCCACGUCAGGAUUUGAUUAUCUCGAACGGUGAGGAUCGCAGCAUUCGCGUUUGGGACAUGACCAAGCGUCAAUGCUUGUACACAUUCCGCCGUGACAAUGAACGCUUCUGGAUACUGACAGCGCAUCCCACGCUGAACCUGUUUGCAGCUGGCCAUGAUGGAGGCAUGGUGGUGUUCAAGCUAGAGCGUGAGCGUCCAGCCUAUGCUGUGCAUGGCAACAUGCUCUACUAUGUAAAGGAUCGCUUCUUACGUAAACUUGAUUUCACCACCACCAAGGAUACAGUAGUAAUGCAGCUACGUCCAGGCAAGUCUCCAGUCUACAGCAUGUCCUACAAUCCGGCACUGAAUGCUGUGCUCAUCUGCACGCGCACCAACAAUCUGGAGAACAGCACCUAUGAUCUUUGCCAGAUACCCAAGGACAAUGAGAGCGAGAGGCAAAAUGAGUCUGAUAGCAAGCGUAGCUCGGGCAUUACGGCUAUUUGGGUAGCACGUAAUCGAUUCGCAGUGCUAGAUCGCAAUCAGCAGCUGGUGGUAAAGAACUUCAAGAACGAAGUGACCAAGAAGAUACCUACCUACUGCGAAGAGAUCUUCUAUGCGGGCACAGGCAUGCUGCUCAUACGUGACCCUGAGUAUGUUACCCUAUAUGAGGUGCAGCGUUUGGUAUCCGUGGGCAACAUUAAGCUGGCCAAGUGCCGUUAUGUGGUCUGGGCUCCAGAUAUGUCGCUGGUCGCGUUGCUCUGCAAGCACUCAGUGACUAUCUGCGAUCGUCGUCUGCAGUACUUGUGCACCGUGCAGGAGAACUGUCGCGUCAAGUCGGGCGCCUGGGACGAAUCCGGCGUGUUCAUCUACACCACCAGCAAUCACAUCAAGUACGCCAUUACCAAUGGUGAUCAUGGCAUCAUACGCACACUGGAUCUGCCCAUUUAUCUGACCCGCGUCAAGGGCAACCAGGUCUUCUGCUUGGAUCGCGAGUGCCGCACACGCGUGCUCCACAUAGAUCCCACGGAAUACAAGUUCAAGCUUGCCUUGAUUCAGCGCAAGUAUGAUGAGGUGCUGCACAUGGUACGCAAUGCUCGCCUCGUGGGUCAGAGUAUCAUUGCCUAUCUGCAGCAGAAAGGUUAUCCGGAGGUGGCGCUGCACUUUGUCAAGGACGAGAAAACACGCUUUGGCCUGGCCUUGGAAUGCGGCAAUAUUGAGAUUGCGCUUCAGGCAGCCAAAGCUUUGGAUGACAAGGAUUGCUGGGAUCGUCUGGGUCAGGCAGCGCUGCUCCAAGGCAACCAUCAGGUGGUCGAGAUGUGCUAUCAGCGCACCAAGAACUUUGACAAGCUCAGUUUCCUCUAUCUGAUUACGGGCAAUCUGGAGAAACUGAAGAAGAUGAACAAGAUUGCCGAAAUUCGCAAGGACAUCUCGGCCCAGUAUCAGGGCGCCUUGUUGCUGGGCGAUGUUAAGGAACGCGUGAGCAUACUUAAGAAUUGUGGACAACUGUCCCUGGCGUAUUUAACUGCCGCCACACAUGGCUUGGAUGAGCAGACGGAGUCGUUGGGCUCCAGCAUUACCGCCGAGGGCAGCAGCUUGCCUGAAGUGAAUCCACAGGCGCAGUUGUUGCAGCCACCUGUGCCCAUACAGCAGCUGGAGACCAAUUGGCCCUUGCUGUCAGUGUCCAAGGGCUUCUUCGAGGGCGCUAUGGUGACACGUGCUGGCGGCAGCGCCACUGCACGCCAGGCCUUGAAUAUAAACGCUGAUGCUGCACUACUGGAUGAGCAUAAUGGCGGCGGCGAUGGCUGGGGCGCUGAUGCGGAUCUUGGCUUGGGUGAGGAUGAUGAAGGCGAUGAUGAGAUGCAUGAUGCUUUGAGCAAUGAUGAAGCACAGGAUGAAUCUGGCGGCGGUGGCGGUUGGGAUGUUGGCGAUGAUGAUCUAGAGGUGCCCGUUGAGCUGGCAUCCAAGAUCAAGGCGUCCGCAUUGGACAGCAACUACUAUGCGGCGCCCAACAAAGGUCAGUCACCGGCUCAGCACUGGGCCAACAAUUCACAGCUGGUGUUGGAUCACAUAAAGGCUGGCGCAUUUGAGAGCGCCUUCCGCCUGCUGAACCAGCAACUGGGUGUGGUCAAUUUCAAGCCCUUCCGCACGCUAUUCUUGCAGAGCUAUGCAUGCUCUCGCACUAGCUAUACAGCCAAUCCCAAUCUGCAAUCGCUUAGCGGCUAUCCGUUGCGUAACUUUGCCGAAACCAAUGCCAAGCUACAACGCCCAGCGCUGGGCAUCAAAUUGAACGAGCUGGUAUCGCGCUUGCAAGCUGGCUACCAGAUGACCACAUCGGGCAAGUUCACGGAGGCCAUUGAGAAGUUCCACUCGAUACUGAUUAGCAUACCGCUGCUUGUGGUGGAAACCAAGCUGGACACAGCUGAGGCUCAGCAGUUGCUAAAGAUCUGCGCCGAGUACAUUGUGGGCUUAAAGAUGGAAACAGAGCGUAAGGGCAUGCCCAAGUCAACGCUUGAUGAGCAGAAACGUCUCUGCGAAAUGGCGGCGUACUUUACCCACUGCAAACUGCAGCCUGUGCAUCAAAUUCUCACGCUACGCACCGCGCUCAACAUGUUCUUUAAGCUGAAGAACUACAAGACGGCGGCAUCGUUUGCACGUCGACUUUUGGAGCUGGCACCACGGCCCGAGGUAGCACAGCAGGUUCGCAAGAUUUUGCAAGCCUGUGAAGUGAAUCCCGUGGAUGAGCAUCAGCUGCAAUACGAUGAGUUCAAUCCGUUCAAUAUCUGCGCCAUUAGUUGGAAGCCCAUCUAUCGCGGCAAACCCGAGGUUACCUGUCCCUUCUGCGGCACCGCGUAUGAUCCGCAAUACAAGGACAAGCUCUGCACAGUGUGCGAGGUCAGUCAGAUAGGCAAGGACUCGAUUGGGCUACGCAUCUCCACGCUGCAAUUCCGUUAAACGGUGACAUAACCCAUAUUCCAGCAUAUUUCAUUAAACUUAUUAUUAGUUAUAGCACGCAAAGCCUAUUAAAUAUUAUAUUAAAUAUAUAUAUGAGAUGCAACAU